AUGCAGAUUCUCAGUCCACCACGUCUGAUUCGCACCAUCGACAUUGCCGAUAGGGCCACGUCAGUCCGUCAAGUCGAAAACCAUCUACAUGGAGCUCUUGUUUCUAUUGACUUGGAUUGCUCUGAGAAUCUUUUCUAUGGUCACAAGAACCUUGUUGUCAAAUUUUGCCUCUCCUUCACGACACGACACCAAGAUGGAUUUCACAAGUCUGUUGCUAUCAAGAAAGCAAAAGUCGGCUACUUCAGGCCCGACAACGAUAUCAGGAAGAUGAUCACGGCCGCUUCUCAACCAACCCCUCCUGGAAUUGAAGGUCAUAACAUGUUCAAGGAAGGAAGGGUGGAAGUCAAGAUGCAACAAGUCCAGGGCGUCAGCAGCAUCAGAAUUGUUGUGCUCUUGGACGCUUAUCCGUCGAACAUGGAACUCUCUGCACAUCUCUCCACACCCCCUACCCCAAACGAAGUGGCUCAGCCGAGCCGUGCUUUCAUGAGUGCUUCUCGUGCUUUUAACGCGUCAUCUCCCGAUGACGAAAGGCUGCAACGACUUCUGUGCUGGACAGCCGCCCUGGGCUAUAAGAAGCUUUUCGCAGCAUAUCUUGACCAAGGGCCAUCUGUUCUCAUCAUGGAGGAUGAAUUAGGAUGGACACCCUUCUCUUUGGCUGCCUUCAGCGGCCGGGGCUCAGUGAUCCAGCUGGCUUUACAAAGAGGCGGUACGCUAAGCUCCAGGAAGAAGACAGCCAAGGGACCUUCGCCACUCGAAGCCGCUGCAAGAAGUCAGGAUCCAAACAUCUUCAAUACAUUUCUGAAGACACUCAAAUAUCUCAAAGACUUGGAGAGUGAUCUACCCGAGAAACUGCCUAAGCCUGACAAUUUACCUGAGCUUACGGACAACGAAUUGGAAGAAGAGCUCGAGGGAGCAGUCAGUGGCGAGCAGAUGUCGACCGUUCGAAGAUUGGUCGAAUUGCUCCAGCCUGAAGAGGACAGGGCCAAAGCCAACUGGCUAGCCCAGAGAAUGGUGCAGGCCGCAGCGGGAGGAGACCUUUGUCUUGUUCAGGUUUUGAAAUCGCGCGGUGCAGACGUCAACUGCAAAGUCCCAGGGGGAACUAGAGGAAGGCCUGAUGCGCAGUUCAACCGUGCCGGUGGACAAACGACGACGCCAUUGAUGGAAGCGAUCUGGAACGACAUGGUCCACGUCGCAGAGUUCCUUAUCAUUCACGGCGCAGAGGAUGAUGAGGCACUGCGCACCGCCGUUAGGAAAAAACAGCAUAACACGAUUCGAGCACUGUUACAUGCCGGAACACCGGUAACAGAAGCAGCGAGACAAGAGCUAAUCAACAUCGCAUCCGCCGAGAAAGAUUCAACGACUCUGAUGCUGCUCAAAUUGGAAAAAGGCACCGGAAAGUUGGCAACCUACAACAACUUGCAUCGAGACGUCGAUGAAUUAUUCGAAGCGACAGUUGUUGAUUUCUACGACAACAAACCACCGACAUUCGAAGAGCUUACUGUAGACGCGUUGAUGCAGAAGAGAGAGAACUACUUUGAACGGAACGAGACGUCCUUCAAAUGGUUUCAUCUUCCAGCAAACAAUAUGAAGUGGGCGGAGGCUUUGAUCGGUAAGAUCCAUCAUGAAGACCCUGCAGCAACUUCCAAGGUCUUGGAUCCAAAGCGAUGGGCGAAGAGGCAGCAUGAAGGAGAGCUCGGUUCCGCACAUGCACGCUUCAUGAUCCCAGCGUGCCACGACUUCUCAGAGGCUUUCAAGCAUAAGAAGAGUGAGGCUAACAUUCUUGGCUUCCUUUGGCCCCUCCAAAUGGCUGAUGCAAAAACAGAACUUGGCCAUGAGAACCCCGAUAGACACGUGCUUCUCUUCAUCACCACUGACCUAGAGCGACGGUUUCAGAUGCCUUAUCUUCAUUGGGAUGAGGAGUGGAAAAUGCGAGAAAGAGCAAGACUGAUUGCCAAAAAUUCGCCCGGAAUGCGGUGGGAAGAGAUUCCAGAGGAAGAACGGAAGCCAAAAAGGGAGGAGUUGCUCUUGAGAAGAUAUCUCUUCGAAGAAGCCAGUCCGAAUCCGAAUUCCCGCCAUGUCCUCCAUGUUCGAAGGACUCUGGACCAGUCGUUAUAUCACAACCUGAAAGAUACAAGGAUUCGAGAUGGCGAUCAAGCUGUUCACCGAUAUCAGAGCAGUGACGGGAACAAGAAGCAACGGCCUAUCAUCAUGGUUGACCAACUUUGGCUAUGGAUUCUCGUGGGACCAUCUGGAAAGGCGGAUACAGUCGUCACGUGCUUUUCAUCUAGAGACUGGUACGACGUUGGAAUGGACACAGACGCACCGCUUCUGGACGAGAGACGUACUACGGACGUCUUACAGAUCACCAAAUCUUACCUUCAGCAGAGACCCAAUGCCGUCAAGUCACCAUAUGAUCUCGCGGGAGUAAUUGCCAGCAGAUGUUCAAGAGCGCUGCUAGACCAUUCUUCCGAUAUGCUCAACUUCGCAGAAGUCUAUGAGAACUCCAUCAGUUCCAUCAUGGAUGAAGAAGCAGCUCUCUUCAACACGUUCAACACCCUGAUGCAAACUCGGAGCAAGGUGUACGAACAGGCAAGUAAGCCGAAUGAGACCGAGAAUGGGCCUGGGAUCGAGAAUGCUACCGACGGCACCCCCUUGUUACAACGAGUCAAUUCCAACAAAGAUUUCCCAAAAACCAUCAAGGACGACUUGGACACACUUGAGUCAAUCCUCAAAGAGCUUCAUAAGUCGAAGCAGGAUGAGACCAGGGAGCCUGAUAACGCGUGGUGGACCCAGAUGUUCUACCGGCGGAGGCCCGAAUCCCAACACAGCCAGGCAGACGGGAUUUUGCAGGGCAGGAAGCACUCAAUUGAGAGUUCGGAACAACAUUGUAUCAACUACCGCGCGUACGCCCGAGACAGGGAGAUCCCGGAUGACGAUGACCUGAAGCGGCUGAGCAAAGAAACCGGCGAAGCCAAAAUAAACCAUCUGAUCGCCCUUCUCGAGAAAUUUGGACGAUUCUAUGUUCUCGACAUUACCAGAGAAAUAACCCUCCUUCGGCUGAUCAAAGACAUUCAAGAUGAAUUGGCAAUGAUGGAAAAGGUUUUUGCAGAGCAACAAGAGCUUCUCGAAUCUCUGGGCCUCAUUAUCCAUACCAUGGACCGGCACAAUCCAGACCUCAACGAUCCAGUGCACACCUCAAGUCCGAACACAAACUUGAGCUGUCGCAGUGGCGCGGAAAGAAGCCGCACUGGGGAGAGUCAGAACCUGCUCAUGGACCGCGCGCACUACGACUACGACAGCGAUGAUGACGAACUGCUUGGGGAUGAGUUUUUCGCGACUGCCAGGUCUCCUGGUACAGUGUCCCAGAACUCCAACAACAAGUCGAUCAAACAAACGCAAAGCGUGAUUUGGGGAGAUCUUCGACAGAGGCAGAAUCUACCUCUUCGAACCAUAACCAGACAUCACAAACAAAUCAGAAGGAUGUAUGAGCGUGCAAAGAACACCAACUCAGCGUUCUUCUGGGGGAAAAGGCUAACAGGGACCUUUUCACAGCUGAACACGCUCGUUGAUCUGAAACAGAAGCAGAACAACAUGAUUGACACUCGGACUGCCCGUCUCCAAGCCGAGCAAUCACACCUUAUGACGCUAGAGGCUGAGAAACAGGGCAGGACGCUGAUGGUCUUCACUAUCGUGACUAUUAUCUUUCUACCUUUGUCUUUUAUUGCCGCCUUCUUUGCGAUUCCUGCCAAGGAAUUUGACAACAGCAGCUUGACGUUGGGUUAUGUAUCAAAGGUCACAUACUCAGCCGGUUUUCACUGCCUAAAGUUUGUCGCAAUUACUACCUACAAGCAUCGGCCCGAUUCACAUACUUAG